GGCAGACGAUGGAGUUACAUAAAGUGUGAAGUAUUGUUUAACUCUUUUAUAACUUCACAUUUAUUUGCAUAUGCUUCUCUCAAGUACUUGGAAUACUCGAUACUGAGCAAAAAGCAUCGAUAUUUCAUGUACAGAGGUGGUGUGAGAAAUGUUGACAUUUUAAAUCGAUACGCAGGAGUUAAGUGAUGUAAACAAACAGACACUAAGUCGCCGAGCCCAUGUCAAACAUCAAGAUCAAGCAUGGCAAGUGAUUUGGCAUGUAUCGCCAUAAGUCAGUCCUGCCUCAAUGGUUCGAAGCUGUGUGAUUUAUACAAACAAGUACCUAAAGAAAAAAAGGCAUAACAUUACAAUUUUCUAAAUAGAAAUUAGUAAUGUGUAUGUUAAGUCAUGUACCUUAAGAUUACAAAAAGGAACUAACUGCUGACCGCUCCAUACAUCUUGCCAUCCCCGUGUGCUCAAGGCCUAGUGUGUGCCCUUUAUUACGAGGACAAGAUGAGCGAGCCCUGCCCGCCGAGAGGAAACAGCGAGAGUGUGGCAGCGGCUAUAAUAAGAUGUGUUAACUUCUCCGCCAUCAAGCACAGGAAGCAGCGGAGGAAGGACCCGCAGCAGACACCCUACAUCAAUCACCCGAUAGGUGUGGCUUACCUACUAGUGGAGGCAGGAGUGGAGGAUGUGGAUGUACUGCAAGCAGCCCUUCUUCAUGACACUGUGGAGGAUACAGACACUUCCCCCCAGGAGCUGCAGGAUGUGUUUGGACCCAGGGUGGCUGGGCUGGUGGCUGAGGUAACAGAUGACAAAAGUCUGCCCUCAAAAGAACGAAAGCGCCUUCAGAUUGUGCAUGCUGCAAGUGCCUCCCAUGAGGCCAAACUGGUGAAACUCGCUGAUAAGCUGUACAACUUGCGUGAUCUUGAGAGGUGUACACCUAUGGGAUGGACCAAUACUAGAGUGAAAGAGUACUUCAAGUGGGCAGCUCAGGUGGUGGCUGGCUGUCAAGGCACCAAUGCAUACUUGGAGGGGGAGCUACACAAGUUGUUUACCAAAUGGAACAAGGAAUGCUGAUGAAGAAAAAAAAGAGCAGCUGGAAAGGAGGAGAAAUGGAGACAUUACUGAGAAAAAUUAUGAAGUUGGUCAUUUGGCACUUAGCUAGCAGGAAAUAUGAGUGCUGUUAUUCUAAGAGAGUGUAACAGUACAGAAAAGAGAAGCCUCUUUAAUGAUCUGCAGGACCACUGAUUUUUGUACACUAACAGUAAACUAGAUAAUAGUGAUCAUUCAACACAACCAAGUUUUAUCAAUGUUCCAAAUGGCAUGGAAGGUUAAAGGAAAUCUAACACAAACUUUGAAAUCAUAAUGCUGAGAGAGAGAGAGAGAGAGAGAGAGAGAGAGAGAGAGAGAGAGAGAGAGAGAGAGAGAGAGAGAGAGAGAGAGAGAGACUAGCUAAAAUCAUCAUGUUAUGUGUUGUCAUACAUGAAUGUAAUAUAAAGUGCCUCAAAAUUAUGUGUGGAGCCAUUCACUAUAAUAUGUCUGGAACCAUAUUUUUCAUUUAAAUUAUUAAAACUGAGUUGGAAUUGUUUUUUAACUGCACUUUUUUAUAAUUCCCAAUGUGAAAGUUUGGGACAUUAAAGAACAGGAGAACAAUGAUUGAAUAACUCAAUACAUAAUUACUAAUGAAUAUUAUACAUACAAGCGUGAAGAGUGAGCCCACAACAUGAGGCUGAUGCUAACAAGUGAAGUGUUGGUUUGGGUUGGAGAUGGUGGUGGUAGUAGCAGCAGUACCUGGUGUGGCACAAUACCACAUCACUAAAAUUCAUGUAUCAUCCAUAUACUGUGGUACCAUUUUAUCAACAGCUGUAAAGGAGUAAGCACACCUGUACAGUCUCUUUUAGCAAAGUAAAGUCCUGCUGAUCCCCAUAGGUGGGCUUUAUUGUGACAAAUUAUCGCAAUAGCAAUAUCAGGCAAUCGGUUAUCCAAUAAUUAUUUUUCAUCAGUACUGCGGAUACUUUUGGUUUCAAACUAGUGAUAAUUAGUAAUUUUAGUUUUUUUGAACAUGAGCAUGUUGAAGUUUUAAACUUUCAAAAAUCAAAUGUAUUUAUUUUACUUAAAAUGGUACUUUUCAUUAGUGAAGGGACAGGAUAAACAUUGAAUUUGAAUUUUUUUCUAAGAUUUUUCUAAGUUUUCUAAGAUAAAAAUAAAGUUUUGGAUUUA